AUGGCGCCUGAUCAAACUAGUCAGGUUGAUGUUCCCAAUCUACUAGAUACCCUAUUCGAAGAGGUGACAUUGCCAGACCCCACAAAACCAGAACCUAACCUACGACUAUACCCAGAAAUUAUUUUGCAAAAGUCAGAAAAGGGAAACAAGCUAUAUGCCUCCUUUCAAAGAUAUUCCCCUCAGUUUAUCAAGGAAGUUGAAGAAACGGAUAAGAAACAGGUAUUGCGAUGGCGAAACUCAAAUAUAGAAUCAGUACAACAAAUAAUACUUGAUAGUUGGAUAGCACAAAAUUCAGGCAUGAGUUCAGUCAGUGAUCGAGAUAAUUUCAAAUUGACAAAGUCAGUACUGACGACAGGUCGGGCUAAUAAGCUUUUCGUUUGGUCAUCCAGUGAUUCGUACAUUCAAGAGAAAAAGAGGCAAUUGCAACUGCGGAAAAGCACGGAGGGAAAGCCAUCAUCACAAUCGCACAAACCUAGUGCUCCAGCUGAAGACAAACCAGUUGAAACCGAUGCAAAGUUCUCAACUUUGCAAAGUGAAUUGCAUUUGCGUUUAUCAACUGAGAAAGUAAACAAUAAAUUGUCGAAAAGUAUUGAAAUUGAAGCCAAUAAAUUCAUUCACGCAAGAAUACAAAAGAUACGAGACCACCAUAGUGAACAAAUGAUGAAGCAGAUAAAUGAGCGGAAAAGAAAAGACCAUGAAAUUUAUUUACAGAGACUUAAAUUGAAGGAAGAGGAGUAUGAAAAGUCCAUAAGGCAAGAUCAAGAUCAAGAUCAGGUAGGUACAAAGAAGCUGAACUUUUUUGAAACCUUGUUUGGACUUGGGGGUAGUACAGUGCCACCAAACACUGAUGAUGAGAAUGUCACCCCUGCCAAUAGCACCACUUCAAAAAACACUCCUAAGUCUUCAAAGAGUAAACGUACAACUUUAUUUGGGAUGCAGUCAUUGUUUUCUAGCAGUAAUGGUUCAAAGAAACGAGUAGAUAAGACAACCAUGUUUGAUGCUGAGGAUAAAUCUGAUAGUCAAUCGAUUGUCGACUUUAACCUUGAUCAUUCCGCGACAUUUGCGUCUGAGGAGCCCGAAGAGCAACGAAAUUCACCAUCCAUGAGUGACUCUUGGCGUCCGAAAAGUCCAAGAAACCAAGAGAUGAAUAUACCAUUAUUUAACGUGGACGAAUUAGAGUCAUUGGAGUUGAAACGAUCGCCACAGAAAUCAGGUAACUCCAAGCCUAGCGGAUCCAGAGCCAAUGGGCAUAGCAUAGGCACCAACGAAGAAGAUGGUUCUGACGACGAAUUUACCGAGUUUACUGCAGCCACAUCAGAUUGUUAUCUGACGUCGUCGCCACCCCCUCUGACCCUUGCAUCGGCCCCAAAGUUAUCGCAUAACUUCUUUUCCGUCGAAAAAGCCAAUGCUAAUGCUACACCAGCAACUUCAGGGAACGAAUUGAUUGAUUUGUUUGAUACAAAAGAACUGCGACCAUCAUCACUGGAGAUCAAUUCACCGACACCUUCCCAGUUGCAUUCUAAUAUGGAUAACUUGUUAGAUUUGUAG